AUGGGGUUUGACGGGCUCGUCGUGGUGUCCGAUCCCUACCUGCAGCGCCGCUUCACGCAGGCCGACCUUCGCGCGCUCCAGACCCAGUAUGCGGUGCUGCGGGACGCGUCGCCUAACGGGAGGCUGCGGAUGCGGGACCUCCCUGCCGCCAUCUCUAGCAUCCGCGGCCGCGGUGCGGUCAAGGGCAGGGACGCCGAGAAGGAGAAUAGCACGCCGGAGCCAGGCCCCGGUCUGGGCCUCACUGACGAGGAGUGGGCCUCCGUGCUUAAGGCCGUCGCGCGCGCCGACGAGAAGCCGCACCAGGACGCCAGCUUCGAGCUCUUCCUCCGCGUUUACGCUGAGAUGCAGCUGCGCCUCAAGGCAGCCAGCGGCGGCGGCGGCGCCGGCCGCGCCGGAGGAAUCGCGCGCUCCUCGUCCUCCUCUGCUGUUGCCUUCCUCACGGCGGCCACAACCACGCUGCUGCACACCAUCAGCGAGUCCGAGAAGGCCUCCUACGUCGGCCACAUCAACGCCUACCUCGCCGAGGAUCCGUUCCUAAAGAGCGCCCUCCCCAUCGAUCCGGCGACCGAUCACAUCUUCCACAUCACCAAGGACGGCGUGCUCCUAUGCAAACUCAUCAACUUGGCUGUACCUGGCACCAUCGAUGAGCGAGCCAUCAACACCAAGAGGGUGCUCAAUCUGUGGGAGAAGAACGAGAACCACACGCUUUGCCUCAACUCCGCCAAGGCGAUCGGUUGCACUGUCGUCAACAUCGGUACACAGGACCUCGCCGAAGGGAGGCCUCAUCUGGUCCUGGGUUUAAUUUCUCAAAUAAUCAAGAUACAACUGUUGGCAGAUGUUAAUCUUAAAAGCACACCUCAAUUAGUUGAAUUGGUUGGGGACAGUAAGGAGAUGGAGGAGCUUAUGAGCUUGUCUCCUGAAAAGAUUCUACUAAGGUGGAUGAACUUUCAACUCAAGAAAGGAGGUUACCAGAAAACAGUAACAAAUUUUUCAUCGGAUAUAAAAGAUAGUGAAGCGUAUGCUUGUCUACUGAAUGUCCUGGCACCUGAAUGCAGUGCAAAACCAUCCGCGAUGUCUGUAAAAGAUCUACUUCAUAGAGCAAAGUUAAUCCUUGAGCAUGCAGAUAGGAUGGGCUGCAAAAGAUACCUGACUCCAAAAGACAUAGUUGAUGGUUUACCCAAUCUAAAUCUUGCCUUUGUGGCUCAUAUUUUCCAAAAAAGAAAUGGGUUGUCCAAACAAAUGAAACAAGUUUCCUUUGUGGAUGGACUCUCUGAUGAUGCUCAAGUUUCCAGGGAAGAAAGGUCAUUCCGGCUGUGGAUUAACAGCCUUGGAAUUUCUACUUACAUCAACAAUGUGUUUGAGGACCUUAGAAAUGGAUGGGUUCUGCUUGAGGUAAUUGACAAGAUUGCUCCAGGCUCAGUUAAUUGGAAGAUGGCAAAUCGCCCACCAAUAAAAUUACCAUUCAGGAAAGUCGAAAAUUGCAAUCAAGUUUUGAAGAUUGGAAAAGAACUAAAAUUUUCUUUGGUGAAUAUCGCUGGAAAUGAUAUUGUGCAAGGGAACAAAAAACUGAUAUUAGCUUUUCUGUGGCAAUUGAUGCGGUACAAUAUUCUUCAACUGCUGAAGAAUCUUAGAUUUCACUCAAAUGGAAAAGAGAUCACAGAUAAUGACAUAUUGGCAUGGGCCAAUAAAAAAGUAAAAGAUUCUGGAAAGCACCACUCUCAUAUGCAAAGUUUCAAGGAUAAAAGCCUUUCAAGUGGUACCUUUUUCCUUGACUUACUAAGUGCUGUGGAGCCUCGAGUUGUGAAUUGGAGCCUUGUGACCAAAGGAGAAAAAGAUGAAGAGAAGCAAAUGAACGCUUCAUACAUCAUUUCGGUGGCUAGGAAGCUUGGUUGCUCCAUUUUCUUGUUGCCAGAAGAUAUAUUGGAGGUGAACCAGAAGAUGAUGCUAACUCUGACAGCAAGCAUCAUGUACUGGUAUUUGAAAAGGCCAACAUCACAUUCACUGGACUCUGAAAAUGGGAGUUCAUGUGAGACAACCUCCAUCACAAGUUCAGAUGAUUCUGCAUCUGAAUCAUCGAUUGAUGACAAUACAACUAGAUAA